AUGGCGGAGCCAGAAUUGCAGCAUAUCCGCCGAUUAUCGGCUGAUAACCAGAUUGUCUCGAAAUCCGAUAUUCCCUUGAAGGAACGCUUCUUCCGCUACUUCCAACAUGAAAUUACCGCCCUCCAGGAUCAGAUGGACCGACUCGCCGAUACAUCACUUGUCGCUGGUGAGCGUGCCGACGCAACAGAUCACUGCCUCGCCGGAAUCGUACGGCUGUCCAACGAAGUCAAGGAUGCAGCGAGCUAUAUACCUACUUACGAUCAAAGAGUCUAUGCGGAGGCCAUCAAAGCUUUGCAGGACAAGUUGAAUGAGACACGCGCAGCAUUUGAACCCCGCUCGAAGUUCAGCUUUAGGACUAAGAAGAAUCCUUCUGCUAUCUCGCUCUCAGAUGCUGCUACUCUAGCUGCUGAGGGCCGUCGCAGCGUCCCAGGCUAUAGUUCUCCGGGUGCCUCGUCCAUCGGCUCCUCUGCCAACCAGACUCCGAAUUACCCGUCAACACCUCUGAAUGAACCAGACAAGCAGCAUCAGGAACAACCAGAGGUUGCACCAACUUCCUUCCCAGGUAUAUCGCCCACGGAGAUCCUGGCGAAGUCUCAGCUCGCAGCCUCCGCCCCGUCAUUUGCAGCCAGUGGUAUAUCCUCUGUAUCUGUCGACAACCAUUACAAACUUCACAUCAUGCUCCCAUCUUCGGGCUCAACAUCUACCGUUCCUGCGUCAAUCACAUCUCUACGACAUUGUGUUGUUGACAUGUCUAUUCCCACCGCGAACGGGAAGCCUUAUGCCAGUCUGACAAUCAAAAACAUCAAGGAGAGUCUGCUGAUCUGUGGCCAAGCGAAUGGUCCGGCGCAUAUCACCGGGGUAGAACACAGUGUGAUUGUGGUUUCAUGCCGCCAGUUCCGCAUGCACAAUUGCACCGAUGUUGACGUCUACCUCAGUUGCUCGAGCAAUCCAAUAAUCGAAGAUUGCUCGAAUAUUCGUUUUGGCCGCAUUCCAAAAGCCUAUGUGAGCCUAGUGCCCCACAAUUUCCCUCUAACCACCCACUCUAAUACUCUUAUCCAGGCCCUGAAUCAUGACCGUCCCGAUCACCAGGACCGCUGGAAUGAAAUUGAGGACUUCAAAUGGAUUAAACCUGAGCCCAGUCCGAACUGGAGUCUCUUGGAUCCUGCCGAUACUGUCCCGGAGGAAGUUUGGGCUGAGAUCGUCCCCGGCGGGCCGGGAUGGUCGCUCGAUGAUAUCUUGCACGCCAUAAAAUUGGUGAAGCCAUGA